GUUUAUUUACAUUUUUUCUCCGGUUCUUGAUUGCUGUUAGAUAAGACUUGCUGUCUAUUGCUGAAAAUAACAAAAGUUUUUAGAAUAAAAAGAACAAUCAGCCUCAUUUAAAUAUUUUGGAAAUUGUUGUUUAUAUGAAUAUAACUAAUUAGUUUUAAAUAUAAUUUCCCAUAUAAUCUAAACCCCUCUAUUAAUUUUAAUAAAUUCAAUUAUAGUUUCGAACAUUAAACUUUCUCACUGCCUCACUCAUUGUAGAUUGCAUUUUUGAACUUUCGUUGUAUUAAACUAGUAAUCAGUUAUCUGGAUGUUAAUUUCAAGAAUAUUGUUAAGCAAGAUAGUUAUGCCUCCCGCGAAAUUUGACCUGUUGGUUUUAGGUGGUGGCUCAGGAGGGAUUGCUUGUGCUCGUAAAGCUGCAGAACUUGGAGCGAAAGUGGGACUUAUUGAAAAAGGUCGGAUCGGUGGAACUUGUGUUAAUGUUGGAUGUGUUCCAAAAAAAGUGAGCUUCAACUAUGCUGCUCUGAUAGAAAGCUUAAAGUUUAUGCCAGACUAUGGUAUCUCUGUGGAUGUCAAAUCUAUAGACUUUGGAAAAUUUAAAACAAAAAGAGAUGCUUAUGUACAAAAGCUGAAUGAUAUCUAUUUCUCAAAUUUAGAAAAGAGUGGAAUUAUUUUUAUUGAAGGCAAAGGAGAAUUUGUUUCAAGCAAUACUAUUAAUGUCAAUGGUCAACAAUUCUCAGCUGAGCAUAUUGUUAUAGCAACCGGCGGUAAACCAUCGUUUCCAAAAAUAUCAGGUGCCGAAUUUGGAAUUACUAGUGAUGGAUUUUUUGAACUUGAGAGUCUACCUAAGUCAAUUUUAGUUUCUGGAGCUGGAUAUAUUGCAGUGGAAUUAUGUGGUAUUUUAAAAGCUCUUGGAUCUGAUGUUUAUCUUGCAAUUAGGGGAGAAAAGGUACUUCGUACUUUUGAUAAUAUCAUAAGUGAUGUGCUUACAGAAGAAAUAAAAAAAUCGGGUGUCCAUCUAUUAACCAAUUCCUUGGUAAAGUCUGUAGAAAAAACCUCUCAUCAUAAAAGAGUUAUCUUCUCCGAUGGUAACUCUAUUGAUGUAGAGUGUGUCAUGUGGGCGAUUGGACGGCAACCAAAUAUUGAUUUAAAUCUUGAUAAAACUAAUAUUGAUCUUGAUGAUUCUGGACACAUUAAAGUGGACGCUGAUCAAAAUACAACUGAAAAGGGAAUCUACGCUCUUGGGGAUGUGUGCGGAAAAUGGUUACUAACACCAGUUGCCAUUGCUGCUGGAAGAAAAUUAGCUAUUCGGUUAUUUGCCGAUGACGCCGACAGCCAUUUAAAUUAUGCAAACAUUCCAUCUGUUGUAUUUAGUCAUCCUCCUGCUGCUACUGUCGGUCUCACUGAAGUUGAAGCUAUCAAGGAAUUUGGAAAAGAAAAUAUAAAGAUUUACACUAGUGUCUUUACACCUAUGUAUUUUGCCAUUACCGAGGAAAAAACCAAAUGCCAUAUGAAGUUAAUUUGCUUGGGAAAAGAAGAAAAGGUGAUAGGCCUUCACAUGAUUGGCACAAGUUGUGAUGAAAUACUUCAAGGUUUUGCAGUUGCAAUUAAAAUGGGUGCAACUAAAAAACAAUUCGAUGAAUGUGUAGCAAUCCAUCCCACAUCUGCUGAAGAACUAGUCACAAUGCGUUGAAAAUGCCUUACCAUUAUUGUAAAUUUGAAAACUACUUUUUUACGAUUCUAUGUAUUAAAAAUGUAUUAUGUCGUAUGCAUGUUAAAAUAAUAAUCAUAUAUAAAAAGAAAUAAAGCAUUUCUAGUUCA